AUGGAGAUUAUCUAUGCUGUUGAUGUCAAAAUGACAAAUGAUGGUGAAGAAUUUGAUCGUGUUUUAGCAAUGGAUGUAUCGUGUAUGAAUAUUCUUGCAUUCUCAUCGUAUUAUCUAUCUACAUCAAGUAAAUUAAAAUAUAGUCCACAUCUUGUUUCAACAACUUUACAACAAGCAGCUAAAUCAUCAUUUUGUGUUUAUGUUUGUUCACUUGAACAACCAUGGCAUUAUGGUCUAAUAGCUACAUCGAUCGUACCUAUUGUUCAUCUUGUUUGGAGUCUCGACGGAAUACAUUUACUUGUUUGUAAUCAAACAGGACUUUGUCGAAUUUUUAAAAUGAAGAAUGGUUGUAUUAAUACUAUGGAUAAUAUUUAUCAAUAUGAAAUAAAUGAAGAUAUUCUUAUUGCAAAAUAUAUCUUUCAUAAAGAGCCAAUAGUAGUAAAUCUCGAUAGAAAAGAUUCCUUAUUCUAUGGUAAAGAAGAUAGUCAAUCGUCUAUGUUACCAUGCGCACUUAAUGCAGGCAAUUUUAUAUGUGUAACAACAUCGGGAACGAUUCAUACGUUACCGCUGAAUCGAUCAUUACCUCCCUAUCGUUAUUUUCUUUCGCAAAAUGACCCAUUGAGUGUAUCGCUAUGCGAUAUAUCGGCAACCGAUAAAGGCUUUAAUGUUAUUCUUGGCGAACGUACCCAAGGUGCACUCGUUCAUUUUUUUGUUGUUCAUUAUGAAGCAUUAGAUCCAAAAUUAUCUUAUAUAUCAUGUCGACGUCGUGGUUUUCGCAUACCAUCAUGUUACGGUACACUGGAAUCGUUGCUUUAUUUUCAACGUAAUGGUAACGAUUGUAUUCUUGCACGUUUGUCAACGUCUAGUGGAGAUUUAAUUGAUCUCUAUGAAUAUAAUCUUGAACAAGAAGAAUGGAUAUCGAUAACUCUGCUCAAUUCGCCUCAAGCGCAAAUAACAUCAAUAGCACUAUCGCCAAGUCAGCUAUUAAUUAAAGAUAAUGAUUUUCAGGGACAUUUCGGUCGACAAAUACUCGUUGGAUUAAGCGAUGGAUCGAUUCUUGUUUAUGAUAAAUUAAAUUUAAAAUGUAAAGAACAAUCGUUUCCAAUGAGUAAUGCAGAUUUAUUUAUGCAAACGACUACAACGAAAGCGGAAUAUUUAGUUCGAAUUCAACAUACAAACUCAGGAUCGUGUUGUCUUGGUUUUACUCAAAGCGGCGUUCUUAUUCUUCUACGUACAAUAAGUCUUGAUAAUGCGUCAACAUCAGCUAUGCUUAAUGUACUUGUACAUUUGUUCGAAGAAUAUAUUGUUCAAAGUCCUACGCCGGUUGAUCUCUGGGAUAUCCUAUGUCUGAUAUCAAAUCCACAUUAUGAUAAUGCAACAAUCAAUGAGCUUAUUGAUCAAUUAGUCACACGUUAUGAUGAACAACCAAUUGAACUUAAGCGUAAUUAUUUUGCUCGUUUUAAACAAUGUCUUUAUCAUUUACAUCGGCUUGCAUCGCCAUUUUCAACUGAGAGCUGUGAACAUCUAACUAGUUUACUUGUUUAUCAUAUUUUAAUUAUUGUUCGUGAUUAUCUUCGUUUGUUUAUCUAUGAACCUACGAAUAGAAAUUUUGUUGAUUCAGCACAAGAAAUUCUUCAACAAACAUUAUUUAUACAAAAUGUUGAUAUUAAACGUAUUAAAUAUCUCGGCGAUCAACCUCUAACAAUCGAUUCAACAACUAUCGAUCCAAAAAAUUAUCAGCUAAUAUCAUUUACAUCAUUAAUCAAUUGGAUAUCGGAUAUUAUUUUUUAUCUCAUUGGCUAUUUACAAUUACAACAAAUUCCUCAAUGGUUAUCAUGCAAACAUUUAUUUAAUGAUUCGAGACAAAUUCAGUGGCUACGAGAAUUUAUUAUCUAUUUUUAUAUACUUAAUAAAAUGAAUAAAAUUCCAUAUAGUAAAUUAGCUCAUAUACAACCAAUAUCACAAACAGCACAAACAUCACAAGAUUCGCAGCAACAAACAAAUAAUUUGUCAACACAAAAAGAUAUUUUAAAAGACCUGUAUAAUUGUUUAUCGAAACUUAAUCAAAAAAUUGACGCUCAAAAAUCGGUUAACUUCGAUGAAUCUCUGCUCGAAGAUUUUUCAGUAUUAGAUAUUGAAAUGUUACAAUCGAAAGUCGAUGAUUUAUUUCCAAAACCAUAUCCAUUUUUAAUACAAAAUUCACGUUUACCGCAAACAUUUAUUCGUGGUCAACCGCCAUCAUUCGCAGCUCAUCUCUAUGGAAGUUCAGCAACAAUCGACACAACAGGCAGUGGUGGACAACAAUCAUCAUAUAGUAGUACACUUUUAAAUGAUGAUAAUUUACAAGAUUUUAAAUUAGAUAUCAUCGCUCUCAAUAAAAUGUCAUUAUCAUCGAGUCCAACGUUUCGUCGAUGUUUACGUUGUUCAAAUUUUUCAAGAGUUUUUAAAACAAAACCAUAUCCAUUUCUAGCUCAACGUUUAAAUAAUCGAUGUUUAUGUGGUGGAUUAUUUCUUUUUUACACUCGAUCAUCAUCUAUAAUCAAUAAUAAUAACAACAGUAGUUCCACGGAAAUAUCAACGACAUCUGCAACCAGAUAA